AUGGCGGAUGACUGGGAUCUCCACGCGGUGGUCAGAGGCUGUGCCGCCGCCGCUACAGCUUCCUGCAGCCUAGAUGUCGUCCAUCCCCCCUCCGGCAGCUACCCACCGCAAGAUCUGGCCCGUCUGUUGUGCCCAGAUCCAUGUCAGGCAAGAGGCAUUAAGAGCAGUAUUGAAGAGCUCCAAGACUUGUUCAAGCCCUUUCUUCCGAACCUCCAAACUCUCUCCCCACAAUCCAAACCCAUCUCCCCCCUCUCUGUUCUUGGAGGACUACCAGAUCCUUCGCCGCCGCCGCCGCAACUAAAACAACAGCAGAAGCUUCCUCUCUGUGGUUAUAGACCAAUAGAUAGAACUUCUUCUUCUUCUUCAUCUUCGUGUAAUAUUACUACCACUGCCACUGUUAAACAUCCUCCAAGAUCGAAGAAAAGGAAGAACCAGCUGAAGAGGGUUUGUCAAGUACCGGCUGAGGGUUUGUCUUCUGAUAUGUGGUCGUGGAGAAAAUAUGGUCAAAAACCCAUCAAAGGGUCUCCAUACCCAAGAGGAUAUUACAGAUGCAGUACCUCCAAGGGUUGUUUGGCCCGGAAACAAGUGGAGCGAAACAGAUCCGACCCGGGAAUGUUCAUUGUCACCUACACCGCCGAGCAUAACCACCCUAUGCCCACCCACCGGAACUCACUCGCUGGAAGCACCCGUCAGAAGCCUGUCGCCGCUCAGACCGUCACAGAAAGUGACGCCAAUAAACCCUCUUGCUCCUCGCCGGCGAGCCUUUCUCCGGCCACGGAAAAGACAGAGAACAAAGAAGACAGAGAUGACUUUAUGGAAGAUGAAGAUGAUGAAUUUGGCGUCUCUGAUAUGGCCAUCAGCGAUGAUUUCUUUGAAGGUUUGGAGGAACUCACUGGCUCUUCGCCCGCCGGAGAUUCUUUGCCUGAAUGUUUCCCGGAGAGUUUGCCAUUUCCCUGGCUGGCCGACAAUGCUACAACCACCGCCGCUGGCGGUGGGUGA